AUGCCACGCUCAUGGACCGACGAGGAACGCAGUGCUGCCGAGGAAGCAGAAGGGCAACAUCACUGGGAGAUGGAGGAGUCGCGACGCGAGAAGGAAGAGCGCACCGCGGCUAAAGAGACUGCAAUUGAGGCUAUGGAAACCUGGUUUUUACGAUCGUACAUCUAUCCCUGGGCGCCCUUCGGAACGUCCGAUGUGCUGCACGGCAAUUUCGGCAGCGAGUAUGAGGAAAGCUGGAUCAUUGCCGCCGUUGACCGGAUCGAGCGCGACGGCACAACCGAAUGGGCGCCGCAAUCGUCUGGCGACUUCUACGAGCACCCGGACGACGAGGAGGAAGAGCUAUCCACGAGCCGUGAGCACCUGACAGCCACCGCGCUCGAACGCCUGAAGGCGCUCGAAGCGAUCGUUGCGGAGCUGCGUCCGCCCGAGGGGCGGAUCGGGCACAAUCAGCCGCCCGACGAAGUGGGGCGGCCACCGUACGAUGAGGAGGACAGCGUGGCGGUGACCGCCGCCAUCGACGCGGCCCGCAAGGCCCUAGCCGUACGAGCGCCCGAUGCCGGCACGCUGGAGACGACCGCUGUACGGUUCGAAGGCUGGGGCGGCGCGAUCAUCGCCUGGCUUGGCCGCAAGGGUGACCUCGUCGUCGACGAGUUCAUCAAGUCCUCGAUCAAGGCAGUGACCGCAGGGCCGACCGGAACGGAUGCGGUGCGCGAGACCCUCCAGUUGCGUAUUCCAGCCCCGACAAAGCGCGUACCGACAGAACCGGAAAGCAUCAUAGACAUGCACCUUUCCGCAGGCGCUGGUGACGCGGAGAUUGGCCUUGUGUUUGACGAGAUCGUGGAGGCUUUGAAGGCGGGUGUUGGCGGACACUUCACAACGGAAGCCGCAACUGGUUCAGAUCAGCAGCGGGCUCCCGAUUGA